AUGGUUGAAGAUACUUUAAAUUCUGAUCGAAUGUCGGCGGCCGCUGUGCUACAAUUCGCGGCAAGAGAGGCAAGAGAAGGAAGAAGAUUUGCUGAAUUUGGCGCCCAAGCUUUCGCUAGUUUGACCUACAAUGCAUAUGCCAACCUCGAUGUGGGAGGUAGCGGCACCAGUUCUUCCUCGUCACACUUGUCCCCGGGGUGGCAGGUCAAUGACCUGGAUCUUGAUUUACCCGGGGAACUUUCUAUGAAUGAGGCCCUACUGUCAUUGCCGUCGUUGGCCGUGUUCAAGCAAGAAGCGCCUUCUCCCACUGGGAACGCGCUCUCUCCGCCGCGCAGGACCUGGCCAGUCAGACGCACUGAUGACAGACAGAUAACCAAUAUGGUUGUGGACAACCGGGACGCCAUGGAUGAGGGCUGUCAGCAACACGCUGGAGUCAUGAACACGCAGUCGAACAGCCCGGAAAGCAUGCAGUGCCAAUCCAUGCCGGUCAUAAUGCCAAUAAAUGGCUACCAUUCUCCUAAUGGACAGGAAAAUAAAACUGCUGGUCUCCUUAUGUGUUCUCCGGCCAGCUCUCUAGACGGAUUUCUUCAUUCUCCAAGACCUGAUUCGUGCUUCAAAGACGACAACAGAUUUCAGUACGUCCUAGCGGCCGCUACAUCUAUAGCGACUAAACAGAACGAGGAGACGUUGACUUACUUGAACCAGGGACAGCCUUACGAGGUCAAGCUGAAGAAACUGGGAGACUUGGCGCAUUAUAAGGGGAAGAUAUUAAAGAGUAUAAUAAAGAUCUGCUUCCACGAGCGACGCCUGCAGUACAUGGAGAGAGAACAGAUAGCACAGUGGCAUAACGACAGGCCCGGAGAGAGGAUAUUAGAGGUGGACGUACCGCUAUCGUAUGGAGUGUCACGCGUGGAGCAACCAGCUGCCCUCAAUGAACUACAUGUACACUGGGACCCGACUAAAGAUGUGGGGGUGUACGUAAAAGUAAACUGCAUAUCAACAGAGUUUACAGCGAAGAAGCACGGCGGUGAGAAGGGCGUGCCUUUCCGUAUACAAGUUGAGACAAUGUAUGAAGAUAGGAGACUCCAUACAGCUGCUUGCCAGAUUAAGGUGUUCAAGCUAAAAGGUGCGGAUCGUAAACACAAGCAAGACAGGGAACGAGUAUUGAGAAGACCCAGGUCUGAAGUGGAGAGAUAUCAACCUGGAUGUGAUGCUACUGUACUAACAACGCUAUCAAACGAUGCCCUGAUGCCACCACCUUCGCUAGUGACAACAUCACCACCAUACUCACCAGAGAUGUGGUAA